AUGCCCAAUUGGGAGCAGGAAUGGCUCCGCCGGAGCAAUUCUUCUCCGACGGAAGAGGAAGAAGAUAGCCCCAAGACGGAGGGAAGCCGCCGGCGCCGCCGUGAGCGGUGGUUGUGGCGUAAGGCAAUGCCCAAUUCUAGGGCAAAUUGGCUCCAAGAAUGGAACCGGGUGUUUCUGCUUGUGUGCGCCGCCGGACUGUUCAUCGACCCGUUGUUUUUCUACGCCCUCUCCAUCAGCGACGCCGCCAUGUGCCUCUUCGUCGACGGCUGGUUCGCCGUCACCGUCACCGUCCUCCGCUGCAUGACCGACGCAUUGCAUCUCUGGAACAUGUGGCUGCAGUUUAAAUUGAACCGCCGCCGCCGCCGUGACGGCGACGGGAAGGACGCCGGAAUAUCCGCCGCCGUGAAAUACUUCCUCUUUGAUCUCUUCGUCAUUCUUCCGCUGCCUCAGACUUAA